AUGAAGAAGUUUUUCGAUUCGAGACGUGAAAUGGUCAGUUCUGGACCCGGUUCUGGAGCCGGGGGAGGAGGUAUUGGAUCCGGUAGCGGUGGCAGCUUCAUCGGACGGGUUUUCACUAUUGGACGGUAUCAAGUCACCGUGGAUGAAACUGUGGCAGAGGGGGGCUUUGCCAUUGUGUUCCUGGUAAGGACACAUCAGGGUGUUCGUUGUGCCCUGAAGCGGAUGUACGUCAACAACGAGCAUGAUCUGCAGGUCUGCAAGAGAGAGAUUCAGAUUAUGAGGGAUCUGGUGGGUCACAGAAAUAUCGUUGGAUUCCUGGACUCCAGCAUUACAGCUGUGGGAUCAGGUGAUGUGUGGGAAGUACUCAUCCUAAUGGAUUUCUGUAGAGGUGGUCAGGUCGUGAACCUGAUGAAUCAGAGGCUCCAGACUGGGUUUACAGAGUCUGAGGUCCUGCAGAUUUUCUGUGACUCGUGUGAGGCAGUGGCCAGACUGCACCAGUGCAAAACACCCAUCAUUCACAGAGACCUGAAGGUGGAGAACAUCCUGCUACAUGACCGAGGACAUUACGUGCUGUGCGACUUCGGCAGUGCCACCAACAGGUUCCAGAACCCUCAGGCCGAGGGAGCGGCGGCCGUGGAGGAGGAGAUCAAGAAGUACACCACUCUGUCAUAUCGUGCUCCAGAAAUGGUCAACCUUUACGGGGGGAAGGUUAUCACCACAAAGGCUGAUAUCUGGGCUCUGGGUUGCUUGCUGUAUAAGUUGUGUUUUUUCACUCUGCCCUUUGGGGAGAGUCAAGUGGCCAUCUGUGACGGCAGCUUCACCAUCCCAGACAAUUCCCGCUAUUCCCAUGACAUGCACUGCCUUAUCCGCUACAUGUUGGAGCCCGACCCUGAUAAAAGGCCGGACAUUUACCAGGUGUCUUAUUUCGCUUUUAAACUGGCGCGCCGUGACUGCCCCGUUCAGAACGUGCACAACUCUCCCAUUCCUGCAAAACUCCCAGAGCCAAUCAGAGCCAGUGAAGCAGUGGCAAAGAAGAGCCAAACCAAAGCCAGGCUCACGGACCCCAUCCCCACCACCGAAACCUCCAUCGCUCCCCGGCAACGCCCCAAAGCCGGUCAGGCCCAGCCAAUCACAGGCAUCCAGCUCCCCAUCCAGCCUGCCCUCACCCCGCGCAAGAGGGCCAACGCGCCAGCUGGCACCGCCCAGCCAAUCAGUGUGAACAUAGCCCCCGCCCAACCCGCCGCAAGCGUCCAAUCACAGAAGCCUCAGGCCCAGCCUGUCCCAAUCGCUCAACAGCAGACCACGCCCACUCCGCUGCAAGCCACUCCCUCGCCGCCACAGGCCACGCCCCAGCAUGGUCAACUCUUUGUCCAGCAGCAAGCCGGCUCCUUCUUCAACCCUCAGCAGCAGGCUGUUGCCCAGGGGCGCGGGGGGCAUAAGGUGGGUUCUUUGACGCCUCCCUCGUCCCCUAAAGUGGCCCCCCGGGGCGGUCACAGGCGCAUCCUGAGCGACGUCACCCACAGCGCCGUGUUCGGGGUGCCAGUCAGCAAAUCCACUCAACUCCUGCAGGCGGCCGCCGCGGAGGCAAGCCUCAACAAGUCCAAGUCAGCCAGCACCACGCCCUCCGGUUCUCCGUGUUCGUCCCAGCAGAGCGUGUACCAGGCAGCUAACAGCGGCGCCCCCCCGGCCCCCUCCCAGGGCGCCGGUGCCCAGCCCUCCUGGAACCCGUUCGGCGACGACAACUUCUCCAAACUCACCGCGGAGGAGCUGCUCAACAAGGAUUUCGCCAAGCUAGCCGACGGUAAGCCCGCCUCGAGAACUUCCACAGAGGACCUGAUUCCAGGAUUGCAACCUACUGCUCCAACCAAAGCUUUCCCACAAGGCUCAGAGAAGUUGAUAGAGGGUCUGAAGUCUCCAGAGCCUGCUCCCUCCUCCUCCUCCCUGCUGCUCCCUGACCUUCUCCCCCUCAAUGACCCCUUCAGCCCGGCAGACCCCAGCAAUGCUGGUGUGGAUACUCUCAUUCCUGGACUGGGGGCUUUGCAAACCCAGCGGCAGUCGGACCCUGGUUCGGCCUCCCUGCCAGACUCUCUGGUCGGAGAGGACUCUCUCCUGGGCUGCACGCUACCCCUACACCCCUCCACCACCCCCGGGGCCCAAAUGUUGGCCUCUCCCCCCUCUUCCAACACCCCUGCCACCGCUGGCACCGCUCCCGGUCUGGACGAGCUCUCCUCACUGGGCGCCGGACAGCCCCACGCUGAGGAUAAAUUGAAGAGCAAUGGCUACAGGACGCUUUUGGAAGGGGGUGAAGUCCAAGAGUGUGAGACAAGUGCUGAUGGGGCCUGUCUUCACUCUAGCGAGGAAGAGGAAGACGAUGAAGAAGACGAGAAAGGUGAAGAGCCGGGACUGGUGAUCAAUGACAGUGAAGGGGCAGGCCAUGACUGCAGUGGAUCCAGACCUUUACUUCAGGAUUCGGAUGAGGACGAAGACCCGGGACAAGAACAGAGUACCAGCUUCCAUAUAUCCCAACAGUCCUCCCAUCAUCCCAACUCUAUCCCACAAUCCUCUGCGAUCUCUCAGCAAGUCCAGCAGCCGGAGGCAGACGUAGACGUCUUCUCAAAGGCUCCCUUUCGGAUCGGCCAGGAGGCUGAGGAAGAAAGCGACGUGUUUGCGAGAGCCCCUUUCCCGCGACCGGCCGCGGCUCCUCCCGAACAACCCGACAUUUUCCUCCAGGCACCCUUUGGUCGACGGAGGGAGACCACGGGUGUGGUCUACACCCAUCCGUUCUCCCAGCCUAGCACACAUCGCCCACCUUCAGCCACCACCCACACUGCGGUUUCGGAGCAAGCUAUCCUGGGUCAGGUCGCCCACCGGCCCUUCCGCCCCCAGGCUUUGGCCAAAUACUCCAGACACUACGAGGGACAUCAUCCCCAAGACCCCGAUGUCGCCCAGGAGGCGUCCGACCCAAGUCGACUGGUAGCGAGGAGCUCUGGUCCUGCAGGGGCCUUCCAUUCCUGGACGUCUGAAGUGGGCACCGCUGAUCCCUUCAUCUCUGCACCUUUCCACCUUAAAGGACCUCAGGAGAAACCCUGAAGACUCCUCAGCCUUAGGGCCCCACUGAGCGUGUGCACUAGAAUAAGCCAGAUAACGAUUUACGGUGUCCACAGGACUUAGGGGCUUGGAGUGUAAGACUGCAUGGAUUCCU